AUGUUAAUACUGACUUGGCAACCCAUCAGCGAGGGCGUGGCGAAGGUGGCACCCGCCACGGGCGCAACAGUCGCAGAGGCGCAACGUAGGUUGAGCCUACAUACGCCUGACGAAAUAUCGGUUGCUGAGCGUCCGAAAGAGCUACCGUCUGAAACUGGCGCGUCACCCACGGCGGGCGAAACAAGAGACAUAGGGCGCGAACGGACCGAAAAAACUGCAGCGCCAGAGCCAGUGCAGUGGGCAGCAAUGCGGAGUACCACACGUGCCAGUGCGAAUGUAAUCGUCGCGAGGCGCGCACAAAGCAAGGGCACCCGUGGACGUGCUAUUCCAGAAAUCGGGGGCGCCACGCUAUUAGUGCGAGUCUGUCAGUCCUGUUUCUGUGCCCACUGCCGGCCGUGCCGUGUGUUGUGCUAUAGGCCAGUCAGCCACAAUCUGUGUUCAUCUGUGAUCCAGAUUUUGUUUUCCAUAGACAAUGAGGACUAUCGGAAGGUGCUUUCUGAUUUUCGGUAUAACUUCCGGUUUAGCCGGAAAUACUAUCAAUUUUUGUCUUUCAAACGACACAUACAUGCUUUUUUUUCAGUUUUGGAAUAA